CGGUUUGAAAGUGAGUGCAGUCAGACUUUUGCGUUGAUAGAAUUCUUAAGAGGCUGUAUUCAGAUUGAGUACAACCCUACACUUAGAUCACUGUUUUGACAGCUUGUGGAUUUGACAUCAAUUCAAGGAACUCAAUUCAGCUGAAGUCACCCGAUUCUGUCGAGUUGCUCUCAGAGUGCUGAAGGUUUUGUUGACAGGUGGUGAAUAUCCAGCCUCGAGGAGAAGCCAUGGAGGCUGGUGCCUUUGAGUAUCAGAAAGAGGAAGACACUGUGGAUGUGGAGUCUUUUCAGGGCGAGAAGCGGAAGCUCAUUCAGCCAAUGUCUUUAAAAGAUCCCAAACUUGAAAAGCUAAAGGAGGCACUGGUUUAUUGGAUCAAUAGUACUUUGAAAUCGGAGCACAUAGUGGCUCAGAGUCUGGAGGAGGAUCUGUACGAUGGACUGGUGCUUCAUCACCUGCUGUCCAGGUUGGCCGGUGUGCACUUGCCUGUGGAGGAGAUGGCACUGACCAGCACAGCUCAGAUCCGAAAGCUGGAAGUGGUCCUGAAGGAGUUGGACAAGAGACUGGACCUGCAGGACAGCAGCCGGAUCAAGUGGAACGUCAAACUCAUCCACAACAAAGACCUUCUGGCCACUAUUCAUCUCCUGGUUGCCAUGGCGAGAUGUUUCCAGCCUGAACUGGAUUUGCCACCAAACGUGAAGGUUGAAGUUGUAGUUGUGGAAGUCAACAAAAGUGGAAUCAAAUCAGAGGUACAGAUGGAAGUCCUAACAGAGGAUAGCAAUGCAGGCUCAGACUCCCUCAGCAAUACUGAAAGGGAAGAUCCCAUCGAGCAACUGCUGAAGCUUGAGGCUCACAAGGUCAAGACAGUGAAGCAGGCCAUCUUACACUUCGUCAACCAGAAUAUGUUAACCAUGGGUCUGCAGGUGACUGAUAUGGACAAACAGUUUGGUGAUGGUGUUAUUCUGCUGCUGCUGAUUGGACAGCUGGAAGGCUUCUUCGUCCCGCUCUAUGACUUCAACCUGACCCCUGCCAAUCACUCUGAGAUGCUUCACAAUGUGACCUUGGCCUUGGACCUCCUUAAUGACACGGGCCUUGAAGUGUCCAGUGUUGAUCCACAAGAUAUUGUCUCUCAGGACAUCGCUGCCACCUUGAAGGUCCUGUACGCCCUGUUCAAGAAGCACAAAGGGCAAUGACAGACAAGCAAAGAGGACAUCAACAACCAGAAAUGCAAACAGGGCUAACAAUAGGUGGAGUGUUUGGCCAGCUUGUGGUUUCUUCUGUCUGUAAACUAUUGCUCAUGCUGUCCAUCUAAUUACUUCGAUUUUUGCAGUUGUAUGGUGGCCCAGAGAGCUCUUCGCACUGCAUCUUCUAAUCCUCACCAAUUUGACAACACAUGUGGAGUAUUUAAAAAAAAAAAAAAAGAAGCAAAGUGAGAAAACACAAUCAAAUACAGAUAUCACUUUAUGAGUCACAAACCAUGUCAACAGCAAGCGUGUGUUUCUCUGCCGUGUCCGGGACGGUUCAUCACUUUUUUUUGCAUUCCCUGGCAAUCGUUUACGUUGUCUGCGCUACUUACAGUAGUACGCAUAUGCUGUUUUCAGUUCUGUUUUCUCACAUUGCGCAGAUGUUGUCAAAUUGCUGAAGAUGUUUUUAUAAUUUGCAUCUAUUUGCAUAUGUUCUUAAUAAGUUGUGUUUCCUAAAACUAAGUGACUGACUGUAAGAGUCACUUGUAAGGCAGAAGUCUAUGGUAGAAAUAAGUCUCUUAAUAAACCCUACUGAAUUUUUGUCUAGUUAAAGAAUGAGUUGGGAAGACAUUAUGGCAGGCAAGUGCCAAUAAGCUAGUUAGUCGUUAGCUCACCAACUAGCCCCAUAACUUGUCACUACCUCAUCAAGCCUCCAGCCAUAAAGUAGAUGGGUGAAUGGCCAUUAAUGGAAAGUGAAGGUAUUUCUGCUGGCUUGUGAAAGGGCAAUGCAGGCUGCUUUCCAACACAGUCAUCAGUGGCAUAGUGUGCAGUUACUGAAUUUGAGUUAGAACAACUAAUUAAAAAGGUCUAUCCCUGAUUUCUCAAUUUUUGCAUCUUCCUAGCUCAUUAAUAUCUGGAACUAGCACAUGACUCUUGGUACUGCAAGGGAGAGUGGUUAAAGCACUCUUGUGUAACCAUGCCCUUCUGGGUAAACCCCCGCAGACAGCUUGCUCAUUUCGAUUAAUGUAUAAAAUGCAUAGUAGAUUACAGACUAGUUGUAAUGAUGGUAUAAAUGGCAAAUGUAGUGAAUUUAAAGUAGAUUACUGGCCCAAAAAUACUUGAGUAAAAAGUAAAAGUAUAGUUUUAAAGGUCCCAUAUUGUGCUCAUUUUUAGAAUCAUACUUUUAUUUUGGGUGUCUACAAGAAAAUGUUUACAUGUUUUAAUGUUCAAAAAACAUUCAAAAUAUUAUUAUUUUUCUGUCUAUUGCAUCCUCUGUCUGAACAAACGUUUUAGCUCCUCUCUUAGAGGCCCCCCUCCCUAAAAGCCCACUUUCUUCUCAUUGGGCAGCAACUAGCUGGCAUAGCGCUGAAAUGAAAUGUGGAGAUAGGUCAAGCUAAGCAAAAUUACUUAUAUUUAUUACUGUAAAUGUCCUAGUGUUUGCCAGCUGGCUAAUUAUCAACUGCAGUCCUUCGGCAGGAUGUUUUCUUUACACCUUACAAUUGAUAAAGUGUACAGAACUAUCGAAACACCAUAAAAACAGCAAUAGCAACAAAACAGGAGUUCUCAUUUAGACACAGAUAGCCAUGCAAAGAACACAAGGCAACAACACACAACCUACUUUUACCUACUUUUUACAUGUAGUCAUGCAGGACAACAACAAACAGUACACGUAAGUAAAAUACAUUAUGUUGAUCUUAUCAAAAAGUUAAAAGAUGCCCUCAGGAGCAAUCAAUGCUGCUGGCCGCCACCGUCCAAGUUGGACAGUGGGGGCUUGGCUGAGAGCAGUGUAUUCAGUAUGUGUUAAGUGGACGAGGCCAUCUACUGCACUGAAGUCACAGUUCAGUCUACAAUACUAAUCUACAGCCCUACAUUUGAUUUAAUUAAAGGUGGUAAAAAGAAAAGUCUUAAGUCUUGAUUUAAAAGAACUGACAGUUUCAGCAGACCUGCAGUUUUCUGGGAGUUUGUUCCAGAUAUAUGGAGCAUAAAAAAUGAAGGGCUAGAGGAGGUCCUGUGCUAGACAGAUACAUUCAUGACGUAAUGCAGAGAGCCAAAUUUAAACACUGUGUUUGCGCACACAUUUACUGAAAGAUGGAGCAGGGUUUUAGACACAAUGGGGACACAUAUUUUUGUUGAAAAGACAUGAUAAAGUGCAUUUCGCAUUUUGUGACCUUUUAAAAAGGAACGUGAAAAGUUUCUGUUCCUAAAAAAACACCAACUUGAUUGACUACCUGGAGAUAACAGAGCACAUUUUCUAACUGUCUCUCCUGAAGACAUUUAUACUAUAUUCAUGUUGCUCAUACAAAACAUUCAAACUCUCACUGGCUCCUUUCUCACCUCAACACAGCUGACCAGUCAUGGAGAGAAAUGGGUGUGAAUCGGAUCAACUGUUUCUGAAAGUUACAGACAUGCACUGACACAGCACUCUUUAAUCCGAUGGGGUUUUCAGAGCUAUUUAACCUUUCGAGAAGCACAUAUGAUGGAGUGUACUGGCCCCAUAAAAAUGUUUCAGCAUACGUAUAUACCACUUGCUUUUUAAGUUUAAGUUUGGUUCACAUUCAGUGACAAUAUACAUGGUUUUACUUCCUGGUAAAUUUACUGUUUGAUCUCUUCCUCUCUUUCUCUCUCUAAAUUUCCUUUUCAGUCUGACACUGCUGGAACAUGGCACUUUUCAUUCUUGUUAUAGAAAACCAUCAUCCUUGAAGGCCACUUCUAAAUAAAUAAUGUUCAUUUCUUUCUUUGCUUCUUCCACGUGUUCCUGCUGACAGUCUGGGACCUCUUUCUCUACUCUGCGAAUGCAAUUGUCAUUUCUCAGAAAAAUUGAGGGAUUUUUUUUUUGUUGUUUUCAUCACUGAAUUGUUCACAACUCAAUGUCACACACUGUAGAGAGUGUGUGGCAGGCAGCGAUGGAGAGAAGCAGAGAGAACAAGAGCCGGACAAUAGAUAUGAUUCCAUCAAAGGCACGUAUUGUGUAAAUUAUGUGUAGAAUUAAAAAUUGACUAGAACUGAAAAAAGCCACUUAAAUACUCUGUGUUGCAAAGAAUAAAUUUAUGCAAACCAUUCCAGUAAGUUCUGUACUGUUAAAUAAUGAUAUCUCUUUACCACUGCCUCUCCAGUUUGGUUUCGUGGAUGUAGUUCGUGUAUUAGCAAAUUGCAGAAUGAGUUUCUUUGUUUUUGUCUUAAAGUAUACAGUAUAACAUUUGGACAAGACUAAACUGUAACAACAACCAGUUUCACCUUUCUUAUUCUCUCCAAUUUCCCUGCAAAUGUAUUUGUUGACAUUAAGGAAGUCAAUUUAUUUAUUUCCACCAAGGUGAUAGAAAAUACUCUAAAUUCACAUUUAUUUCCCCUGACAUUUCAAAAUGUUUGCAUACAAUUUGCUCAGCAGUCUGAUGGAAACAUAGCUACUGUAUUGAGACAGAGACUCUUACUCUUGCUUGUAUUAUGAAAUUAAAAUGGCCUCUCUUCUCUUUUUCAAUUUACACCCAUCAUUGUUGAGCAUUUAAUUGCUCAUUACUUUCAAACCAUGACUGAUCUCAGUUGUAAUAAAGUGCUCUUUUUAUGCAUUUUAAAGCAUCUAUAUCAUUAGUUGGUCCAUAUAAGUCUUUCUGCAUAGACCAAUGCUGAGCUUGACAUCUGUGUUGCUAUAUGUAUUAGCUAUUGCGUAUAUCAAGGAUAUGUUUCAGAGCAUGUGUAUUAUUAUUCCAAUAAAUGGUUAAAACCUUGA